AUGAGAUAUAGAGAUAGUCCAUUAGUAGAUUUUAUGGAAACAUAUAAAAAGCAUAGUGAUGAUAUAAAAAGAACACAUAAUGAUAGAAAAGGAAGAAUGAAAAAAGGACUGAAUGAAACUCAUGAAUCUGUAAACCAAUUAAUCAAAGAAUUUCAGAAAAUAAAUAUAAAUAAAGAUAAUACUACAAAAUCUAAUUUUACUCAAUUUUAUUUCACACCUCUUAAAUCUUUAUAUCCUCAAUAUGAAGAUGAUGAUAAUAAUCCUGGAUCUGAAUUCGGUGCUAUAAAUGAUCCUGCAAUUAAGAUGCUUGAAUGGAGGGCUGAUAAACCAUUUGACUUUACUAUAAAAGGCAAUUCCAAACAUAUUACCAAUUCAUUAGGAUGGUAUACGGAUGUGCCAGUUACCUUGAAAGAUAAAGAAAAUAAGACUGUUAUAGUUAUUGAAAAUUUUGUUCGUAUUGAUAAUAGAGAAUUUAAACCAAUGCUAUUUUUAGGCAUGUCAAAUAUUCAAAAAGUUCAAGGUAUUCUUGAUCCAAAUAAUAAUCAAUUUCGUAUAAAUAUUUAUGAUAAGUCUUAUAUAAUUCCAACAUUCAGCAAGGCCCCAGUAGCGAAGAAUUCACCAAAAGAGACAGAGAUCACAAAAAUAUUGGAUUCUGAUGAAUUGGAAACUCGAGACUUUAACUCUUUAUCUAUGAAAAAAUCCAUUCGUAAAGUAUAUAGCUUGAAAGAUAUUGAGAAUAAAGGUUAUCAGGAUGAAUACUCAAAGCAAGUGAAAAAUUUUGAUCAGGAGAAAAAGAAGUGGAAUCAGGAUGCAUUACAUUAUG